CUCCUCGCCCCGGCAGUCGGCAAGUGGCCGUCGACAGAGAAGGGUUGACGAGUGAAGAUGGCAAGCGUUCGUGCUGUCGGGGCCUUGUGCCGGCUCAGUGCUUUGAAACAGUUUCAGUAUGCAGUGUCUCGCCAAAGUAGCCGGCUGCUUUCAACAACAAGAGCUGCUAUGGGUGUUCAUGCUAACCUCAAGAUAAACGAUGGGGUUGGUGUUGUCACCUUCGAUUCCCCUGGAAAGGUGAAUGUACUGAACCAGCCAGUCAUGGACGAAAUUGUGAAGAUCGUUGAUGAAAUUGAGACCAACAGUGAUAUCCAGGCUGCUGUACUAAUAUCUGGUAAACCAGGAUGUUUUAUUGCUGGUGCUGAUAUUACCAUGAUUGAAAGCUGCAAGACAGCUGAGGAAGCUCAGGCUCUCUCAAAGUCCUGCCAGGACAUCCUCUUCCGCAUUGAAAAGAGCAAGAAGCCAGUUGUUGCAGCAAUCAUGGGUUCCUGCCUUGGUGGUGGUCUGGAGGUUGCUCUGUCUUGCCACUACCGGCUGGCCGUGAAGGACAAGGCCGGACUUGGACUCCCUGAAGUUAUGUUGGGAGUACUCCCAGGUGGAGGAGGAACCCAACGCCUUCACAAGCUGGUUGGUCCUGGUGCUCUGGAUAUGAGCUUGACUGGAAAGACUGUAAAGGCUGACAAGGCCAAGAAGAUGGGUCUGGUUGAUGGGCUUGUAAACCCUCUUGGUCCGGGCCUUCAGCAGCCUGAUUUGCGAACCCUCGCUUACCUUGAGGAAGUAGCCAUAAAGACUGCCAAGGAUCUUGCAAGUGGCGAUCUGAAGGCAAAGCGUGGUCCCAAGAACUUCAUGGAAAAGGCAAUGGCUACAGCUCUCCAGUAUGACUUCAUCAAGGACCAGGUGUUCAAGAAGGCUCGUGGCCAGGUCAUGAAGCAGACAAGUGGACUCUACCCAUCACCCCUGAGAAUCCUUGAUGUUAUCCGCACUGGAUUGGACAAGGGUAGCAAGGCUGGCUAUGAAGCUGAAUGCAAAGGUUUUGGAGAGUUGGCCAUGACCAGUGAAUCAAAGGGCCUUGUUGGUCUUUUCCAUGGUCAGACAGAGUGUAAGAAGAACCGGUUUGGCAAGCCAGAGAAACCAGCAAAGACACUGGCCAUCCUCGGUGCUGGACUCAUGGGUGCUGGUAUUGCUCAAGUGUCCAUUGACAAGGGUUACCGCACAAUCUUGAAGGACAUGAGUCAUGCUGGUCUUGCAAGAGGCGUUAACCAGAUACAAGGAGGGCUUGACAAGGCUGCAAAGCGCAAGAAGAUCACUACCUUUGUUGCAGACCAGUACAUGUCCAACCUAGAACCAACCAUCGAUUACAGCAGCUUCAAGAACUGUGACAUGGUGAUUGAGGCUGUGUUUGAAGACUUGGCUUUGAAACAUCGUGUCAUAAAAGAAGUUGAGCCACAUCUUCCUGAGCAUUGCAUCUUUGCUUCAAACACAUCUGCUUUGCCAAUUGGUCAAAUUGCCAAAGCAAGUGCAAGGCCAGAGAAGGUGGUUGGAAUGCAUUACUUCUCCCCAGUGGACAAGAUGCAGCUCCUGGAAAUCAUCACAACUGACCAGACCUCAAAGGACACUGCUGCCUCUGCUGUGGAUGUUGGUCUGAAGCAGGGAAAGGUCGUGAUUGUGGUUAAGGAUGGGCCAGGAUUUUACACGACUAGGAUCUUGGGUCCCAUGCUGGGAGAAAGUGUGAGGCUGUUCCAGGAAGGUGUUGAGCCCAAGAGGAUGGAUAAACUCUCAAAAUCCUUUGGUUGGCCUGUAGGAGCUGCAACUCUGGCAGAUGAAGUUGGUAUUGAUGUGGCUAUGCACGUUGGAGAAGAUCUGAGCAAGGCCCUUGGAUCCCGCAUUGGUGGUGGCGAUGUAAAUGUCCUGAAGGAUCUUGUUGCUGCUGGCUUCCUAGGUCGCAAAUCUGGCAAGGGUAUUUACGUAUAUGAAGCAGGUGUGAAGGAACGAAACGUUAAUGAGGGUGCUCUGGAAAUUAUGAAGAAGUAUUCUGUGACUCCUAAGGGCCCUAUGACUGAUGCUGACAUCCAGCUGCGUAUUGCUAGCAGAUUUGUCAACGAAGCUGUGUUGUGCUUGCAAGAAGGCAUUCUUAAUAGUCCUCUUGAAGGAGAUAUUGGUGCUGUGUUUGGCCUUGGCUUCCCUCCAUUUACUGGUGGACCUUUCCGAUUUGUGGACAACUAUGGAGCAGACAAGUUGGUAGCCAAGAUGCAAGAAUACGCAGCUGCCUAUGGCAACAACUUCCAGCCGUGCCAGUUGUUGCUUGAUCAUGCUGCUGAUUCCUCCAAGAAAUUUUACAAGUAAUAUCUUCUUCAAAAUUUGUAUACCAAUGAUACCUAUUUGAAGAUUUAGAGUAUGCCAUUAUUAUUGCCAGCUUCAUCCUUCAAGUGUCUUAUCUAUGUCAUAGUAAGAAUGGUCAUAAUGAUCAAUUUUGAACAGGUGUGUUCGUAUUUAAGACUUUUUUCCAACACUAUUUCCAAAGUCCUUUUUCUUACCAGCAUCACAAAUCUUGAUGUCAGAGAUUUAGCUGUGCUUGGUGGUUAAUGCACCAGCUUGAAACCAGUGAUAGUUGGGUUUAUCAUGAAACGGAAUCAGAGAACACAAGUUUUGGAGAUACGAACCAAGUAUAGUCAUGUUAUUGCUUACAUUACUCUUGUAGCCUGGUUACCAAACUCACCAGAUGAACGAUUAAUAUUUAUAUGUAAUAAAGGUUCACCCAACUCAAAAACAGUGUAGUGUGCUGUUUUUUUUCUGUGCCUUGCAUGAGACUUUAAAACAAUGUAUAGUACUGUAAAUAUGGCAGAAAGAUCCUUAUCUUUUUACUUGUUUGAAGUAAUUCAUGCAUAGACACAGAGUUUAUCAAUGCAAUUUUCAUAGGUUAGCAUUUUAUAAAGAUAGAUAAUUUAUAUUCUUUAACAAAAUGGGAACAAAAUGAUCCAUUAGUUUUGAAACCAUGAUAUAUAUGGAUUUGUUAAGUAAUUGUGGAUAAAUAAAAGAUUUUUCCAA